AUGAAUAUUGGUGAUGUUGUGCGCUUGAAAGGUUGUACCCUUAAAGGACGCAGCUUGGAGACAUCAUGUGGUUGCUCAGCAUUAGAUGCACUAUUAUGUGGAGGAUUGGCUGUGUCAACAUUUUGCGUCAUCGAUGAGCUGAAUUCCAGGGCAUAUGCGGAUUCGUUAGCUCGUUACUUUAUCGCUGAGGGUCUAUACAGUGGCCAUGAUGUGCUUGUUGUCGAUCCAAUGGGUGAAGAUAAGCUUUGGAAGGGAGUUCCGACUAGAAUUGAAUCCCAGACAAUGUCAAACUCGUCCUCAAUUCCACCGCCUCCUCUCCAAAAAAUGUCAGACCCGCAAGAGGAUCUACGAAUAGCGUUCAGAUAUGCAGCUAAAUCUCAGGUGAACUCGUCCAUUGGGGAUAAGAACCGCUACGAUCUUGGCAAACCGCUUCCAGAAAGAUCACCCCUUUGGAGUGAUUCCAAGAAUUUUUCCAUAUUCUUGAUACGACUUCGAUCUUUACUCAGAAACUCUCAUGCUAUUGUGUUUGCUACAGCAGCCAGCGAAACGAUGCUGAAACAACCUGCGGAUGAGUUUUAUGAGUCACUUUAUAUGUUCCUAUCUACACUAUGCAAGAGUGACCUCUACAACAAAACCCGUGCUCCUACAAAGAAUUUGUUGAGAGUUGUUAUUGGCCAUCUAGGAUCACCACUUUGGAGUGACUCCAAGAACUUUUCCAUAUUUUUGAUACGACUUCGAUCUUUACUCAGAAACUCUCAUGCUAUUGUGUUUGCCACAGCAGCCAGCGAAACGAUGCUGAAACAACCUGCGGAUGAGUUGUUUGUGACUUCUGAUCUCUACAUUCAGCUAGUUGCCAUAUCUGAAGAAGAGCAACGCAAACUUUCCCCUUUGGAUAAGUACCAUGGAUAUUUGAGAAUUCUGCGAUUGCCCAGAAUUACUUCUGCCGGGACGCACUCUCCACCUGCGGACUUGGUCUUCAUUCAGAAAAGAAAUAGUUUCGAUGUAAACUCUCAUGCCAUUGUGUUUGCAACAGCAGCCAGCGAGACGAUGCUGAAACAACCUGCGGAUGAGUUGUUUGUGACUUCUGACCUCUAUAUUCAGCUGUUUGCCAUUUCUGAAGAAGAACAACGUAAACUUUCCCCCUUGGAUAAGUAUCAUGGAUAUUUGAGAAUCCUGCGAUUGCCCAGAAUUACUUCAGCGGGAACGCACUGCCCACCUGCGGACUUGGUCUUCAUUCAGAAAAGAAAUAGUUUCGAUGUGUCGAUUUUGCACUUACCACCUGCUUUUGGCGAUGAAACGCAAAACUCAAAGGGUCCAUGUGGGAUUGAUUUCUAA